AUGACGCCUUCCAGGAAAAGGCCGUAUGUUGAUGCCGAGGCUCAGCCGGAGUUUCAUUAUGGUCGCAGCAAAAGACAUAACAGAUCUCAAUAUGGAUACCAUCAAUUACAGCAUAUGAAUCUUCCGUCAACCUCCAUCGCUAUUGACCCUGCUCUUGAAGCUUACACCAACACGGCCUCUUCGUCGAGCGCUGACCUUAACCAAUUGCUACUCCCCACCCCUGGUCUUGAAGGACCCACAUCACCACGACCCGCUUACCCACGCCAGAUCAAUGAUCUGGAACCACUUACUCAAGACGCACAAUCGGGUUCCGUAGGACAUCAGGAGCCAGAGCCGAAUCCAUCACUCAACUCUUACCCCGAACCGUGGAAUCCGCAAUUUGUCAAUGGAGGACCUUUCCAGUAUCCUAUGAGCCGCGCUUAUUCCGGCGCCUGGGGACGAAUGAACUAUCCGGUUCCCAGACCACAGCAUUGGCCUCACUCUGCUUCUGAGAUGGACUGUAGCGUCUCGGGAAGAUAUCCCCCUGACUCUGCAUAUUACACCAAAAGUCCCGCAACCCAGUCGAUCUUCAGUGGUGAGUUUCCCGCCUCGAGUCAGCAAAGCCUUAACGGAGCCAUGAACGCCAUGGAGCUUCCGAGCGACCAGAUACCGUACAUGCUCUAUCCAACUGAGAGACCCUCGCAAGUCUCUCAAGAGGCUCAAUGCUCCUAUGCUGAGCGACCCUAUGCAGAGCAUCAGAUCGAGAAUAGUGUUGAAUGGGGUUGCAAGGAGUGUGGACCGCGAAUAGUUAUCAAGAACAAGUCAGAAUCCAACAAACACAAACUUCGCCAUGAGAAACCAUUCAAAUGCGAAGUAGCAGGCUGCAACAGAAAGACGGGUUUCACCACCAAGAACGACCUGGACAGACACAAGAAGAGUAUUCACCAAGUCUACACUGGCAAAUCUUUCAUGUGCGCUGCACCUCACUGCGCCAAGAAGAACAAGAUUUGGCCACGUGCGGACAACUUCCGGCAGCACAUAAAACGCCUGCACACUGAUUGGAAUCAUCAAGAGCUUAUGGACAAGUCCUGGGAACGUGGAUGCUCUAUGACUCAAGGUGGUUCUAGGCGCGGUCUUAUUCAUUCGUUAGAGCUCUGCCAGCAAAGCAUUUAUGAAGAUGAUGGUACCACAGAAAAUGAUAUGCCGUAUUUGGUGACUCUGCCAGAGAUCGAUGACUCUUCUAAUGUCGACAGUAUCUCGACUCCGUAUCAACAAGGCAAUGCGUAUAUGAGCGCUAUGUCUCAAGACUCGGCCAAUCUGUAUAGUGCCUCGAACCAGGACGUGGGAGACCUCAUGGACUUAGACCAGGAACUAAUCGACCAGUACCAGAGGGUAAUGGCUCCAGACGGCCAGUAUGUUCCUCCAGCGCCGGAGCGAUGCCUUGCCACCCCGGGAUCAAGUUUUGCAAAGCUCUCGCCACCGUCCAGAAGACAGCAGCCGGUAGUCCAUCACCCAAAAGAUUUCCCAGAUGGUUCAGCAUGGGCCGAUGCUCGAGGGUCGCAAACAACAAACACUGAUAGAUCGCGGACUUUGGCAAUCUCAGCUGACGAGGCAUCCCAAGCCAUAGCUUCGGAUCUCAGCAAAGCUGACCCGCGAAGUAAGGAAGAAAUGGAAUUGGUCAUCAGGACCAGUGUUCUUAGUCUACUGAGUGCCAACAAGAGUCGGAAACGGAACCCUCAAGAUUCGCCUUGCAGGGAGCUUACGGAUCCGGAAAAGCAGCUUCAGUGUCGAUUCUGCCACAAGAAGAAGAAGACUCAGUGUGAUCUCACCAAACACCUUAAACGCCAUACCCGUCCCUACGGCUGUACCUACACCAACUGCCCACGCCGCUUCGGCAGUAAAAACGACUGGAAACGCCACGAAAACAGUAUGCACUACCAAGUUGAAGCCUGGAAAUGCGCCGAACCCAAGAUUUCGGACGGCUCCGACUUCGCCACGACCAGAGGCAAACACUCAGGGACCAUCGAGACUACCACCCGGAAACAAUGCGGCCGUCUCCGUUACCGCCGCGAACUAUUCAUGACCCAUCUGCACGAAGAACACAAUCUCGCCGGCCGUGAACACGAGCAGUACGUCAAAGACCAAUGUAAGAAGCGCCGCGUGGGUCGGAAUGGCCAAUGCGGCUUCUGGUGCGGUUUCUGCCAGACGGUCGUUCGGCUCGAGAAAAUGGGUAUCGAGGCAUGGGAUGAGCGGUUCAAUCAUAUCGAUGAUGAGCAUUUCAAAAAAGGCACCAGAGUCGAGGAUUGGGUGCCGCUGGAAGGGGAAGUGCCGAGGGGGGCGUUGGAACUUGCAGAGGUGUGUGAUCCCGAGAAGGAGGCGAGAGAAGCGGAGGAGGAGAGAGGCAGUGAUGAGGAGGAUAGCGGGCCGGAUGCCGAUGGGGAUGGGAGUGGGGACGGGGAUCUUGUUGUGUUGGAGGCUGGUGGAAUGGAGGAGAAGACGGCGAGGGCGAAGGCUGCUGCUAUGGCAAGAGCUCGGCGUCUACCGAAUGUGGCUGGACCAGUGGUUAAGGGGAAGGUGAGGAGGCUGUGGUAUUGCUGCAGAUGCGGCGACGCCGAGCUCAGCCGCGAUACGGAUCUGGUAUGCUACAUGGAAGGAUGCAAUCACCAGCGAUGCGAUAGAUGCAGGGUCAUGGACCGGAGGGUGGGCGACGCAUCGUAUGCCGCCUAG